AUGUCUGUCCACGCGUCCUGGCUACCAGUACCGCUGCUGGUGUGGGGACUAGUGUGUAGCUCAGUGCGCACUGCCCCGUUCACGGGUAGGCAGACCGACACUCUAGAGCGGCAUUGGGAAACGCUCUACUCUCGCUCACUGGCUCGAAACCCAUGGGAAAAAAGAGAAAUCAACCGGGACGGUGACUAUCUUACAGGCAUCAAAAGACUUCGGCGUCUCUACUGCAAUGUCGGCAUUGGGUUUCAUAUUCAAGUUUUACCAGACGGAAAGAUAACUGGAAUGCAUAACGAAAAUAGAUACAGUCUCCUUGAGAUAUCACCUGUGGAGAGAGGGGUUGUGACGCUCUUUGGCGUCCGAAGUGGUCUGUUUCUGGCCAUGAACAGCAAAGGGAAGCUCUAUGGAUCUGGUCAUUACAAUGAUGAGUGCAAGUUCAAGGAGAAUCUCUUGGCAAAUAACUACAAUGCUUACGAGUCAGCAGCUCACCCAGGGAUGUAUAUUGGACUGAGUAAGACUGGCAAAACCAAAAAAGGAAACAGAGUAACACCAGCCAUGACAGUGACACACUUCUUACCAAGGAUCUGAAUGACUCCAGUGAGACUGUACCUUAAACAAGGGUAGAGGAGAGGGACUGGAAACAAUGCACUUUCAAAUGUUUUUCUAGAGUGUGAUAUUUAAGUUAUUUAUUUAUGAUUCCUGAUAAUUUUUCUAUUUUGGGAAAGUGGAAUAACGUAGAAAGGGGAAAAUGAAUAAUGACAAUUGUUUUUGUUUUUGUUUUGUAUCUAUGAAAUGUGUGCUGCUAUAAAUGUAUUGAGAUGAGUGAAUUUUUUAAAGAGUAAAAUUGAUUUUGCACUUUUUUUAAAGUACUGUUGUGCAGCAACGGUUAUGCAGUAAGCGUUGUUAUACUACUUGUACUACGUUGAAAGAAAUUGGAGACCCACGCUUGUCAGAUUUGUGUCACAGCAUCAUAAA